AUGUAGGAGCUAAAUUAGAAUUAUUAAAGUACACUAUAUAUUCUUAUUAUUUAGUUUAAACACAGCAACAAUAUGGAUAUGAUUAAAAUAGUCAGUUUGAUCAACAGAAAAGUAAAAUUAAUUUAAUUUUAUUAGCAAAAAAUUCAUAUGGGUACGACAAUCAAAUGAAUCAACAAUAAGGCAUUAUGAAUCAACAAUACGGCAUUAUGAAUCCAAUGAAUCAACAAUAAGACUUUAUGAAUCAACAAUAAGGCAUUAUGAAUCCAAUGAAUCAACAAUAAGACUUUAUGAAUCAACAAUAAGGCAGUAUGAAUCCAAUGAAUCAACAAUAAGACUUUAUGAAUCAACAAUAAGGCAUUAUGAAUCCAAUGAAUCAACAAUAAGACUUUAUGAAUCAACAAUAAGGCAUUAUGAAUCAACAAUAAGACUUUAUGAAUCAACAAUAAGGCCUUAUGAAUCCAAUGAAUCAACAAUGUGGCAUUAUGAAUCCAAUGAGCUUUAAUUAGUAACCUCAAUAAACUUAUCAAAAUAAUGAGGCUUUAAAUCCAGGAAAUUAAUAAUCGCCUCAAUACUUUCCAAGUGGUUCUAAAGGAACAUAGGAAAUGUAAUUCGGAACGACGGGAGUGUAAAUGGGAAUCAAUGGAAUUUAACCAGGAAUGCAACCUGGAUGGUAAUUUAAUUAGCCAGGCCCUUAAACAAUACCUGUAAUGUAGCAAGGCACUUAAGCAACACCUGGAAUGUUGCCAGCAAUGCCGGUGAUGGCUUAAGGAUGGUCACCUAGUAUGUAGCAUGGAAUUUCAACGGCACCAUUUGGGAUGUCACCAGGAGCAGGUUAUUCACCGUAUGGAAUUGGUGGGACUGGAAUUCCCAAUAAUAACCAAACAAAUCAACAAAAAAUUUAAGAAAAAAAAUAUCUAUCAGAAAUUGCUUAAUUGAAACAAGAAUUAGAAGACAAUGAAAAAUAUUAUAAAGAAAGAACGGAAACUUUAAGAAAAUAAUUCAAUUUAUAAAUUGAAGGAUUAAAAAGAGAUAAAGAAUAAUUAGAGAGUGAUUUAUAAGAAAAACAUCAAUCAUAUAGGACAUAAUAAUUAUAGAUUAAUUCUUAAAAAUAAACAAUAGAUAAAAUUUCAAAAGAAAUUGAAAAAAAUAAGGCAGAAAGGGAACGAUAAGAAGAAGAAAUUGAAAACUUAAAAUUGACGAAUUAAAAUUUGAUUAGAAAAACUAUACCUUAAAAUAACAACAACCCUUAAGUUGACUAAACUAUUCUUUUUGAGUAUGAAAAACAAAUCUAAAAAUUAAAAGAGGAUAUAAAAAAAAUUAAAGAAGAAUAUAAUUAAAAAAUUAAAAAUUUAGAAGGAGAAUUAGAUGAAACUCAAGUACAAGUUUAAAAAGAAAAAAACUAAAGCGAUAAAGAACACUAAUAUUUUAUGGAAGCUAGAGAUGAGAUUACAAAAUAGUAAAAAAAAAUUAAAGAGAAAGAAGAAAAAAUAAGAUAAUUAGAAGGUUAAAUAAUUAAUGGUAUGGAAACUCUAAAAAAAACAAAUUAUGAAAAAAGUAAAAUAGCAGAUGAAAGUAAGUAGAAAGAUUUUGAAAUAUAAUCAUUAAACAAUGAAAUUGAGAACUUAAAUAAAAUAAUUGAAUAAUUAAAAAAAUUAUUGAAUGAUGCUUAAACGGGAAAAAAAGUUAAUAUUAAUAAUGACAAAGCACUAAAAGAUUUAGAGAAUUAACAAAAUAUUUUAAGAGAUUAAAAAAGGUUAGGGGAAGAAUAAAUUAGAAAAGAAAAUGAAAUGAGGGAAAACGAAAGAUAAGAAAAAUUAAAAUAAGAUCAAAUAAGAAAAGAAUAAUAGCAAAAAGAUAAUAAAUAAAAAAAAGAUACAUUAAUUUAAUAGGGUAAUUUAUAAAUGUAGAAUGCAAAAAGAGAAUUUGGAUAAUUAGAUGUAUGUUUUAUAGUUGAUGUUACUGGAUCUAUGGAAUCAUAUAAAGAAUAAACCAAGUAAUCAGUAAGAGGUUCUUUGUAAAUAAUAAAACAAGCUACAAAUAGAGAUACAAAUUGGGCUUCAGUUUGUUAUUAAGAUAUACCUGAAUUAAAAGCAUCAAAAAAUUAAAAAUAUUAUGAAUACGCAUUUUCUAAGGAUUCAAACGCCCUCCAAACAUGGUUUGAUUCAGUAAAAUGUGGAGGGGGAGGAGAUGCAGCAGAAGAUAUAAGAGGAGCAAUAAAAUAAGUUUGUAAAUUAAAUUGGCCUAGCAGAUUUAGAAUAGCUAUUUUAAUUUGUGAUGCUCCAUGUCAUGGUAAAAGAUACAAUGGAGGUUGUUCAGAUAAUUAUCCAAAUGAUGAUAUUUAAGAUGCUAUCGAAGAAUUGAUUGAAAAAAAUAUUAUUCUUAUUGCACUCAAUUUUACAAAAUAUACUGUAACAAUGUAUGAGGAAAUAAAAAAAAUAUAUUAAUCAAAAAAUAAAUUAGACCUAUUUCUUUACUAAGAUUUAUAAAAUAAUAAGUCGCAAGCGGAAUUGGCAAAAAUCAUGGCUUAAUAUAUAGGAGAAGCAUCACAAAAUGCUACUUAGACUAAUAAAAACUAAACUAAAUCUAAAUAAGGAGCAAUUUAGUAAGAAGUUGUAAGAGAAAAAGAAGGUGCAAUGGAAGCACUUUGUAAAUAAGGAAAUUUUUAUGAUUUUGAAAAAUAACCAAAUGUUUAAACAAUUAAUACAAAAUUUACAGUUUUAAGAGUAGAAAUUAAAUAAGAUGCAUUUGAUAGAAAUAUUGAAAUGAUAGAAAAAAUUUAAUGUCCAUAGGAUUUUACAACUAUUUAAGAAGGAAAUUGGAAUUGUUUAAGAACUGAAAAACCUUUUGCCUUUGGUAUGAUGAAGGAUGUAUUUUUAAUGAAAAAAUUAUAAGGAAAUUCUGAAGAAUUAUAUGUUAUCAAAACACCAAUUGGUAGUAAACCAUAUUAAUCUUUAAAUGAUGCUUUAAAAGAAUGCAAAUCACAUCUGAUUUGUUAAAAACUCAUGAAAAGGUUUACUAAUGAAUUAUAAGAUAAAGCACGUGAGAAAGAAAAACAAAUAAAAAUCCCAUCUGUAAUUUACAGUGAUUUCUUAAUUCUUUAAGAAAAUUAAAGUAUUAUAAAUAUAUUUAUUUUAGAUUCUUUUUGGAUUGCUGAAAGAUUUUUUAAAGGAGAAUUCGUUAAGUAUAAUAAUAAUUAUGGUUUUAUUCAUGAAGAUCCUACACUAGAAUUAAAUAAGUUUGCAUAAUCAUUUACAUAUUAUACUUAUUUUAUUAGCAGUUUUAAUUACAUGGUAAGUGAUGUGUAAGGAGUUGGUAAUUAUUUCACAGAUCCUGCUAUUAAUACAAUUAAAGGUAAAUUUUUUAUUUAAAAUUAUUAGGAACAUUUGAUGAUACUGACAUGGGAUAGGAAGGAACAAUGAUGUAUUUAGUCAAUUAUGAAAACAGGAAAGCAUUAUUAACUUUUGAAUAUUUAGAUUUAUUGGAUAUUUAUGGAUGAUUUUAUAUAAAUUAUCA